CCCAGAAAUCAUGCUGGCGCGGCCUCUGGGCAGGGCCGCAUCGCGGAGGCUGCCCAAUGCGGCCCUGCGCACGACGCAGAGGCACGUGAGCAACUAUUUCGGGCGGAUGAGCACGCCAUGGAACCCGGGCAUCGUCGUCGUGCCUCAGCAGAUGGCCUGGGUGGUGGAGACAUUCGGGCGGUACGACAAGGUGCUGGAGCCGGGCCUCCGCUUCCUGAUCCCGCUGGUGCAGCGCGUGUCUUACGUCUUUUCGCUCAAGGAGGAGGCCAUCUCUGUUCCGAGCCAGACCGCCAUCACCCGCGACAACGUGAGCGUGUCCAUCGACGGCGUGCUGUUCGUCAAGGUGACGGACGCCUACCGCGCCGCGUACGGCGUCGAGGACCCCCACUUUGCCGUGACCCAGCUCGCGCAGACGACGAUGCGGUCCGAGAUUGGCAAGAUCACCCUCGACCGGAUGUUCGAGGAGAGGGAGGUGCUCAACGUCAACAUUGUGUCGUCGAUCAACGCCGCAGCAGCCGACUGGGGCAUCCAGUGCUUACGGUACGAGAUCCGCGACAUCACUCCGCCUCGCGCGAUCCGCGCGGCGAUGGAGAUGCAGGCCGAGGCGGAGCGGCGCAAGCGCGCGCUCGUCCUCGACUCGGAGGGCGAGAAGGACGCCGAGAUCAACAUCGCCACCGGUAAGAAGAUGUCUCGCGUCCUCGCCUCGGAGGCCUCGAUGCAGGAGCGAAUCAACCUCGGCAAGGGCGACGCGGCGGCGGUGGAGGCGCACGCGCAGGCGACUGCCGAGGCGACGCGGCUGGUGGCUGGCGCCUUGGGUGCGCGCGACGGGCACGCGGCCACCUCGCUGCGGCUCGCGGAGCAGUACGUGAACGCCUUCAAGGGCAUCGCUCAGGCGGGGAGCACGGUCGUGGUGCCCGCCAACGCAGCGGACGUCGGCUCGAUGGUGGCGCAGGCCAUGUCGAUCUACAAGCACACCCUCCACUCCAACCCCGCCGCCGCCGCAGCGCCUGGCCCGGCCGAGCGCGCCGAGGCAACCGGCAGCACGGCGCUCGAGGCGGCGGGCGGCGAGCUGGCGGCGGCGGUGGCGGCAGACGCGGCGGAUGCGCCGGAGGAUGCGGGCGCGGCGCCUCUAGCCGACGGCGGCGAGACGCGCGGCGAUGGCACUCCGAGGUGACGUGUGCCGGCGUGCACGUGGGGGGGCGACACGGCUGUCGGCCUGUCCCAUGCGUCGCGUUCGCUUGAGCCGGGGGGGUUGAGCAAGCGGCACACGAAGGCGGGGGGAAAGGGGAAGACUGCAUUCACGCGCAUGUGGUGGUGAGGGAGGGAGCGUCGGUGUUGGCGCGAGGUGUGAACAUUGCUAACCUAUUGUGUCUCGUCGGCGUGUCUCGCGUGGGGCGCGAUAAAGCUAACAAAAAUUUCUAUUA